ACGAACGUCCUACUAUCAAUAUUCGUCCUCUUUCCUCCUCGAAAUGUCUAAGUUCUAUGAUGGCCUUGUAGAUGAGUUCCAGUCAUGGUGGUGGGCUGGUUUCGCGGUGGUUCUGGCCUUGUAUUAUGCACGGCUGAUGACCAAGAAAUCAACAAGAAAGCUGCCGUUGCCACCAGGUCCGCCAGGCCUGCCUCUAUUAGGAAACCUUCCCUUUCUUCAACCUGAUUUAAAUCACUACCUUGCUAAAUUGUCUAACACUUAUGGUCCCAUCAUGAGGCUCCAACUGGGCAGAAAGAUUUGUAUUGUCAUAAGCUCCGCUUCGCUCGCCAAAAUAAUCCUAAAAGACAACGAUGCAAUCUUUGCUAACCAUGAGGUUUUAGCAACUGCGAAGCUUCCAUCGUAUGGUGGGAUUGAUAUUAUUUUCAGCCCUAAUGGCCCGCAAUGGAGGAAGAUGCGAAAGAUUUUUGCUCAUCAACUGAUGAGCAAUGCGAGUCUUGAUGCCUGCUAUGCACUUCGCCAACAGGGAGUACGAGAAAUGGUGAAGGAUGUGCAUAGUAAGGCCGGUUCCCCCAUUGAUAUCAGCGAGCAAAUGUUUAUCAUGGUGCUGAACGUAACGAUGAGCAUGGAAGGAAUUGCACCGGCAAACAAAUUUGAGGGGGCGUCGGUAUUCAUGGGGGCAGAAAAACCCAAGAUCUCAUAUAAAGAUAAGCUCACUAAUGUUGGUGGGCAUCAAGAUGAAUGGAAAGAUUGGCCUGAUGAGGGAGAAGAUGACCCAUUGCUGGAAAGAUGGGAUUGUGCUAAGAACGUGAUCUUCGAAAGUAAGUGGCCAAACAUAACGUUCACAAAGGAAGAAAAAGAAGCCAUGUGGAAACCUUGGAGGAAAUCCCUGAUCAUCAAACCACUUCACCAUUCAAUUGGCUACACAGUGAUUUGUGGACGAGCUAAAACAUUAUGGAGCCUUGAAGGUGAAUUUCAUGCGAUCAAUUUAGCGUUCGGUUGUUUUUUAUUUCGUUUCUCUAAACGAGAAGACUACAAAAGGGUGUUGAUUGGCGGUCCAUGGAAUUUGGGAGGGUACUGUGUUGUGGUAAGGCGAUGGAGCCCGUAUUUCCAUCUUGAUAAUGAUGAGCUAGAAAGGAUCACUGUCUGGACAGAAGAUGGUGAAGAGGAGUCUGAAGGCCUAGAUUCUGAAGGUGAUGAGGUUUUAGAUUUAUCCAAGAUCACAAAGACGAGGCUUAUUCCUUCAGAUGCUGGCCAAUGUGUGUAUAUUUCAGAGCUUAUAUUCUCCGUGUGUGCCAAGCUGAAUCCUGAUCCUAUUGAAGAAGAUGAAGAGGGAAAAGGUUGGGUUUUCAGUGCUGAUCAGAUGGUAGAUGAGGCUAGAGAAAAUGAAGAUUCUGAAUGGGAUUUCUCCCACAAUCCAGUGAGCUCUAUUGGUCAGUCAAAUGGCAAUCAUGACCUUGCUCAUUCAGUGCUUCAGGUGGGCUGCUAACAUGUUUGUGGAAAUACCCAUAAGUUUGUUCUUUCUAUUUCUCCAAGAAAUUUGGAGGGUUUGUAGAGGAGUCAUUGUUUUGGGGGUUUACUAUCUAUCUUUGGGUCUUUAAUUUGAUUGGUUCUAAAAAGGUAUUGUUUGGAACGGAAAUGAGCAAAGAUGUAUUUUACUCCGGAUAUUUCAAAGAGUAAGAAAUGUUUAUUUCAAAU